AGAGAAACCAGCGGUGGCUGGCGAAUGCCGGAGCUCUCGCUGGAUGCUGCGGCCUCUCCUUUCCCAAAACCCAGAGCAGCCUCAGCCAGCAGCGACUCUUCCCUCCGUGAGCUCCUCUCCAGGUGUGCAGGGGAGCCCCAGAGGCGCCGUGCCCCCGGCACAGCAGGCCGAGCCAGCAGCGCGUGAGGCCGGGGCGAGGCGCGGGGAUGCCGGACGCCGCCGCGCACCUGCCCUUCUACUACGGCAGCAUCGCGCGCUCCGAGGCCGAGGAGCACCUGAAGCUGGCGGGGAUGGCGGACGGGCUGUUCCUGCUGCGGCAGUGCCUGCGCAGCCUGGGCGGCUACGUGCUGUCCAUGGUGUGCGACCUGCAGUUCUACCACUACCCCAUCGAGCGCCAGCUCAACGGCACCUACGCCAUCCAGGGGGGCAAGGCGCACUGCGGCCCCGAGGAGCUCUGCGAGUUCUACUCCAAGGACGCCGACGGGCUCUGCUGCCCCCUGCGCAAGCCCUGCAACCGCCCCAGCGGCGUGGAGCCCCAGCCCGGCGUCUUCGACAGCAUGAGGGACAACAUGGUGCGCGAGUACGUGCGGCAGACCUGGAAACUGGAGGGGGAUGCCCUGGAGCAGGCCAUCAUCAGCCAGGCUCCCCAGGUGGAGAAGCUGGUGGCCACCACGGCGCACGAGAGGAUGCCCUGGUACCACGGCAACGUCGGCCGGGACGAGGCGGAGCGCAGGCUCUACUCGGGGGCACAGCCCGACGGAAAGUUCCUGCUGAGAGAAAAGAAGGAGAACCGUGCCUACGCCCUGUCCCUCAUGUAUGGCAAGACUGUGUAUCACUACCGGGUGGAUCACGAUAAAUCUGGGAAAUAUUCCAUCCCUGAGGGCACCAAGUUUGACACACUCUGGCAGUUGGUGGAGUAUUUAAAACUCAAACCAGACGGGCUGAUUUUCUACCUGAGGGAAGCCUGCCCCAACCCCAACAUGCCAGCCUCUGCAGCUCCAGUUCCACCCACCCACCCCUCCGUGAGCAGAAACCUGGGCCCCCUCAAUGCAGAUGGGUACACCCCAGACCCUGUAGGGGGAGGGAAAUCCCGGCUGCUGCCCAUGGACACCAGCGUCUACGAGAGCCCCUACAGCGACCCCGAGGAGCUGAAGGACAAGAAGCUGUUCCUGAAGAGGGACCACCUGAUGAUUGAUGAGGUGGAGCUGGGGGCAGGAAACUUCGGCUGCGUCAAGAAGGGAGUUUACAAAAUGAGGAAGAAGCAGAUUGAUGUGGCCAUCAAGGUGCUGAAGAGCAACAACGAGAAGACAGUGAAGGAUGAGAUGAUGAAGGAAGCUCAGAUCAUGCACCAGCUGGACAACCCCUACAUCGUGCGCAUGAUCGGGGUGUGCGAGGCCGAGUCGCUGAUGCUCGUGAUGGAGAUGGCUUCUGGAGGGCCCCUCAACAGGUUCCUGGCUUCCAAGAAGGAUGAGAUUGCAACCAGCAACAUCGUGGAGCUGAUGCACCAGGUGUCCAUGGGGAUGAAGUACCUGGAGGAAAAGAACUUUGUCCACAGGGACCUGGCAGCCAGGAAUGUCCUGCUGGUCAACCAGCACUAUGCCAAGAUCAGUGACUUUGGGCUCUCCAAGGCUCUGGGAGCUGAUGACAGCUACUACAAGGCCAGGACAGCAGGGAAGUGGCCCCUGAAGUGGUACGCCCCCGAGUGCAUCAACUACCACAAGUUCUCCAGCAAGAGCGACGUGUGGAGCUACGGUGUGACCAUGUGGGAGGCCUUCAGCUUCGGGCAGAAACCCUACAAGAAAAUGAAGGGCCCCGAGGUGAUCAGCUUCAUCGAGCAGGGCAAGCGCAUGGACUGUCCCCAGGAGUGCCCAGCUGAGAUGUAUGCCCUGAUGCAGCAGUGCUGGACAUACAGAUGGGAAGAGCGUCCAGGCUUUGUGGCUGUGGAAAACACCAUCCGCUCCUACUACUACAGCAUCGCUGCCAAGCCCGAGAACGGGCCAGGCACGGGGGACAAGGCCAAAGCUGCUCUUCCUUGAGCUCCUUCCCUGCUCCUCCACCUGCCCUGAAAGGACCUGGAAAGGCUCUCUGUCGAGUUUUGCUUUAAUCUCUGCAAUGCUCCUCAGCAUUGAGGACUGGGGGACGUUGGUGUCCCCACAGCAGGGACAGCCAGCUCCUGCAGCCUGACCCAGCCCAGGAGAACAGACUGUCAGACCCUUCCCCACCCAAUUCCAAAGCUGUCCCAGGACCCCAGGGCUUUGUGCCUGCCAGGCUCACUGAGGAUGAACUGUGUUUGCUCCAGAAAAUCUGGAUUUUUCCAGGUUUCCCAGGAAUGUUUUCCCCAGGUGCACGUUUCUGGUGGGGUUUGCACGGGGUGGGACAGAGCACAGGGAGCCUCUGAGCCCUGAUCCCCUUGGAUUAGCAGCUGGGAUGGGAUGGGACAGAGCUGGUUUGUCCCCCUGCACCCCUGGCCAGCACAGCAGGUGUCACCCAGCCCUCCAAGGUGGCUCCCAAACAAUUCCAGGACCAAUCCUUUAGCUCCUGGGUCCCUCUGUGCUGAUGAAAUGUUGUUUUUCAAGCUUAAAACCUUAAAAACCCCUAUAAAUAAACUAUUCCAUGU